AUGAAUAAAAGACAGAUUAAGAUUACUUUGGCACUUUUAAGUGUCGUAGGAUAUAUGCAAAAUAUAGCAUUUGCAAACGAAAACAUUCUAAGCACUGAUUCUUCAAAUGAAGAAAGUAAACAACUAUUAUCUCCAGAUAUUGAAGAACUUGAACAACUAUUAUCUCCAGAUAUUGAAGAACUUGAACAACUAUUAUCUCCAGAUAUUGAAGAACUUGAACAACUAUUAUCUAUCAAUUCUGAAGACGUUGAACGUCUAUUAUGUACCGACCCUAAUGAAGCUAAACAAGCAGAGGAUGUCGCAGCCGAAGCUUUAGCUCAUCUACAAUAUCAUGCCGAAAAUACAGAUGAUUACUACUUAUAUUCUAAGGAAGAUGACGAAGCAAUUAUAUAUUUUAAAAGUUUUAACGGCACUGACAUUGGAAAGCUUGAUCUUAUAAUCCCCAAUCCCGAUAGUUAUGAUGAUUUAAUAAAAAUGUUAUGUGAUCCCAAUUCUGGAAAGUACUUCGAUGAGUCAUUUAUUAAAGGAAACAUUUUUCGAAUAUACAAUAAAAAUCUUGGGAUUGUACAACAGCGUUACAAAAUGGCUAUGUGGAUUACAUACUAUAAUGCAUUAGCCAAGAAAGUUGAAUUAUCAAGGGACGAAACUGCAAUAAUCAUUGUUUCAUCAAAUAUGAAUGACCAUGAUAAAAAAAACAAUAAAGAUUAUAUAAAUCCUAUCGUAGAAAGUGCAAACUCAUUCAAGCCUGAUAUUGAUUCUGAAGAAGAUAUUAGAAAUGGAAAAUUAUCCAAAGUGUAUAUUAACUUAGUAGGAUUUAUUAUUAAAAAGGAAUCUGACUACAUUAAACUUACCUAUAUCAUUUCUCUCGAUGCGAACGUUCAUUGGAUUAUCCCAAAUUUCGCAAUUAGAAAGGGUAUAUACAAGACAAUUUUAAAUAUCGUCAAAUUAAGGGAUAUUUUUAAAAAGGAAUAA